AUGGACCUCGCUGUCCUGUGGGUGUUUCUGCCACUGGUCGCCGUGGCCCGGGGCCAGUACGGCGACUACGGGAACCCGUACCCACAGUACCACGACUACGGCGACGACGGGUGGGUGAACCUGCCCCGGCAGGGCUUCAGCUACCAGUGUCCCCACGGGCAGGUGGUGGUGGCUGUGAGGAGCCUCUUCAGCAAGAAGGAAGGCUCGGACCGGCAGUGGAACUACGCGUGCAUGCCCACGGCCCAGAGCCUGGGGGAGCCCACCGAGUGCUGGUGGGAGGAGAUCAACCGGGCCGGCAUGGAGUGGUACCAGACGUGCUCCAACAACGGGCUGGUGGCAGGGUUCCAGAGCCGCUACUUCGAGUCAGUGCUGGACCGAGAGUGGCAAUUUUACUGCUGUCGCUACAGCAAGAGGUGCCCCUAUUCCUGCUGGAUGACAACAGAGUACCCGGGCCACUACGGCGAGGAUAUGGACAUGGUGUCCUACAACUACGAUUACUACAUGCGGGGAGCAACCACCACUUUCUCCGCAGUGGAAAGGGACCGCCAGUGGAAGUUCAUAAUGUGCCGGAUGACCAACUACGACUGCGAAUUCGCAAAUGUUUAGACUUACGGCAGGAGGGCCACCAGGCCAUGUGGCCACCUGCGCCAACAUCAGCUGGAUCCUAAGAGGUUCCUGACACUGUCUCUUCUCUGCUUUCUAAGCCUUACUGACUAGGAUCACACCUAUAAUCACAUCCACCAUGAAAUCGCGUUUCUCACUUUCAACACGGCCCAUAGCAACGGUCGUCCAGGGCUGACCAUGGCUUCCCUGCAGGCACGGUGCGCAUGCUCACAGCCUGCGCCCGAGCGGUCCCCGGGAGGAGGGCUGGUGGAGCGGAGCGAAGGGCAGCCUGGGACGGUGGCUCUGCAGGUUGGAAGCCGGGGUCCUCACGGAGGGCAGACCCUCCCAACCCCACUGAGGGGCCGCGCUGUCCUGGAAGUUCAGCUCACAGCUCUGCUCCAGGGGUGAGGAGUCUGGGAGGUGCACUGGGAAGCGGGAGGGUUUGGGGGUGGAACUGGAAGGCAGGACUGGAAGGGCUUCCUGGGGGAAGAAGGCUGUCAGAGAGAGGGCAGCGAGCCGGACUCAGCUUAGAGGCCUGGAAGGAAGGAGAUCGCGCAGUGGCGUUGGAAAGUGGGAACGGGUCUGAGUCGCUGGCACCGGCAGGCGUGGCCGGGACUCCUGGGAAGGCUACCGGCAAGCUCACGGGCUCAGCCUGGUUUUCUGGAUGGCAAAGGCUGCCCUGGGGGCCCACUCCCCUUCUGUGUGUAGUUUAGAUGGGUCUCUGGCAGCGGUGGCCCUACCUUCCGCUUCCUGCAAUGUGUCUGUCCCCAGCCCUGUGUACUCUCUACGUUAUAAAAG